AGAGAGAGAGAGAGAGAGAGAGAGAGAGGGAGGGAGAAAAGGAGGGAAUGAGGGAGAGAAAAAGAGAAGAAAAGGAAAGAGAAAGAUGGCAUUAGUGCAUAACAAAAAUAUUCCAAACUACGUGCAACUCCUGUUAAUGCAGUUAUUUACAUACAAUCGCGCCGAAAUGGAACUGUCUUCGAACUGUCCUCAAACCCGGUUAAUUUAAAUGUUAAUUAAUACAGGCAACUAGAAGCAGAACUUUAAAUUUAUAUUAUAUACGAGAAUUAUGAUUGUUAGAAAUAUGUUGGUCACCCUGUAAAUUGAGCAACGAUUAAAUUAUUCGGAGUUAGAUCAAAAGUGGUUCUUACAAAUUGAUUUAAAUUCAGUUGCAUUCCUUGAUUUUCUGUCAUUUCUUAUUGAAAAAAUUAUUUAAAUUAUUUGAAAUGCAACAUUAUCAAUAGAACUUUAAAUAAUAAUCAUUUUUAACUUUAAAUAAGUGCAAAUAUUAAAUAAUAUUGCGUAUCGAUUGCAAAUAAUUUGCAAAGUAAAAAUAUCAUAUAAAUAUAAUAAAUAAAACAAAUUUUCAUACAUAAUAAUAAAUACUCUGCUAAUUAAUUUUCUUUCACUUAUUGUGUGUAGUUGUUAUUUUCUGUUCUCCUAAACAGUACAAAGGUGUAUUUUAUACGAUUGUAGAUAUAUGUAGUUUAUAACUUUAAUGAAAAGACAGAAAAGAUAUUUGUAUAUAUGAGAUAUGUCGCUUGGAUAAUGGAAAAAGUUUAUUAGUUCCAAUAGAAUUAUAUAUUUUCAAAAUGAUAUGGCUCUUAUUCUUUAUUAUCCAUGGAAUAUUAGCUAGUAAUGGCAACAUGAUUCUGAGAGAUUUAGGAGAAAAAGAGUACUUUUUAAUAAAAGCAAAAUCAUCAUUGCCACAACAUGGAAAAUGUUGGCACACUGCGCUCCAAACAUUACAGGACAGCUGUGACAAGUUAAACGAUUACGAACAUUCUCUUCUUGCCUUGCGCUUAGCAAACUGUUUCUUAGAAGAUUCUGGCCAUAAAACUUAUGACUGUCAUCUUAGUCAGUCAGAAGACGAGCGUCGAAAGUGCAUUAAUGAAAUGGUAGAUCGAGCAUUCAGUGUUUACAAUGAAUUCUAUAUUCAUGCAACUCAUAUCUGUUUCUUUUUGAAUCAUGAAGCUUGGCAAGCUGAAGUUGAUAACACUAUAAAGUUAUUAUUUCAAGUAUCUUCACGAAUGAAAGAUCAGUUAUUGGAAGCAUCGCAAAUGCAGGGUACAAUAUUGAACAGUCAAAAAGAAGGUUUACGUAUUCAAAAUGAACUUUUAGAUCAUGGCAAAGAACUUGGGACUGUAUUAAAGUCUUCAUCUGAGACAGUUAAUAAUAUGGUUUUAGAUUUCAAAGAAUCAGCUAAAGACCAGAAGGAAUUGCUUUAUGAAAUUUUUUCUUAUAUACACACUUUUCAAAGUUGGAUUAUCGGAGAAGUGUCUUGGUUUCAAUCUAUCAUAUUUUAUACUGUCAGCUGUAUUCUUUGUGCAUUAUUCAGUUCUUCUAGAAGAACAGUUGAUGCGAGAGUUAUACUUUUUAGUAUCUUAAGUUUAAAUAUAGUGGCUGAAAGAAUAUUAGUCCAAUAUUAUAAUAAAAUUGUACUUCAAUCUCCAGAUGAUAAGGCACACUUAUUAAGUACAACAUGGUUGUGCAGAAAAAUUGCCUUAACACUUUGUGCCAUAACAUUAUUCUGUACAUAUUAUUAUUACAAAGACAAACAUUUGGAGAAUUAUAAGGCUUUACAAAGAAUUGAACAACAGUUGAAUGUCAUAGAAAAGACUGUAAAUAUCUCCAACAAUAUUGAACCAAUUCGUUAUUCCAAGCGACUUGCAUUAAGACGUUUACACAUUGUUUCUAAUAUACAGGAAGAUGACAUUAAAAAUGCCAAAUAAUUAUUUUAAUAAUUAAAGAGAUUUUACCAAGAAGAUAAUUUUUAUUGGUAAUA